AUGGAAAAACCAAUCUUUGCCUUCGUUCCUGGUGCUUGGCACACCGUCGAGACCUUUGAUUGCCUCCGUAGCCUCAUGGCAGAGCAGGGGCUCGAGUCGAUAGCCAUUUCCACCCCAUCUGUUGGCGCAUCUCCGCCAGUGAAAGGCCUUCAUGCAGAUGUUAUUCACACCAAGGCCGUGCUGCAAGAACUGGUCGACAACGGUCGGCAAGUGGUGGUCGUCAUGCAUUCUUACGGCGGAGCGGUCGGCGGGAGCGCCAUUGAAGGGUUGGGGUAUGCGCAACGAGCAAAGGCUGGUCGGCGAGGAGGUGUUAUCAUGGCCGUGUGGAUGGCGGCCUUUGUAGUGUGCAAGGAGCAAACCGUUCUUGAUCUUCUGGGCGGCAGCUGGGAGCCCUGGAUGCGCUUCAAGAACGACGACGGCUACGUCCAUACCUCGGACGAAUCGAACGUGUUCUACGGCGACGUAACGCCGGAAGAACAGCAAAAGCAGAUUUCCUUGCUCAAGCCUCAACCUCAACUGUCCUUCAAGGAGCCGGCGUUGUAUGAACCUUGGCGCGAAAUCCCGUCGAUGUAUCUAUUUUGCGAAAAGGACCAGGCGCUCCCGCUAGUUGCCCAAGAGGCAUUUGCGAAAAUUCUAGGCCAGGGCCCCUCUGUGACUUACCACACCGAUGCGUCCCAUUCACCGUUCCUGAGCCAGCCCGAAAAGGUGAUUGAGGGGCUCAGGCUGGCGCUGCAGGUCGGACGAGAGCAGAGCGGGAUCAGGGCAAUGGCCUCGCUGUGA